AUGGUUGUGUUCCGGGAGCAUACGUUGACGGGGCAUAGUAACAAAGUGAUGGCAGCACGUUUCAUGGGGAACAGUGGUGGAGCGGGAAAAGUUGUGUCAGGCAGCCAAGACAGAACUUUGAAAAUCUGGGAUUUGAGAAGCAGAUCAUGUGCGAUGACAAUUUUUGCAGGCUCUGUUUGCAACGAUGUAGUUGCUACGGAUUGGUUGGCAACUGGAAUAAUUAGUGGUCAUUUUGACAAGAAAAUCCGGUUUUGGGACGCGAGACACCAAAAGAAUGCCGUUUCUGAAGUUGAGUUCCAAGGGAAAAUCACUUCUUUGUCAUUGUCAAAAGAUCUGAAAUACCUUUUGGCGUGUGUCCGGGAUGAUUCACUGAAGCUAUUGGACCUGCAGAUGAACCAAGUUCUGGACUCUUACAGUGCUGACGGGUUUCACGUUAGUUGCGACUGGUGCAGAGCCGCGAUGAGCCCGGAUUGCUCUCUUGUGGCAGCUGGUUCUUCAGAUGGCUGCGUUUAUGUGUGGAACGUAUCUUCAGGGCGACUGGAGAAAGUUUUGCGGGAACACGGCACCUCGGUGAUCGCCUGCACAUGGCAACCCGGUGGCAAUUUCCUGGCAAGCUGUGAUAAGAACAAACGAAUCGUGUUGUGGUCGCCGGUUUAAAUUCAAGUAGUGUGUCGUGUUGGUUAUUUCUCAUUUGCGAGAAGAAUCUGUGCUUGAGGGGACUGGCAAAUUUUAUUUGUUUUUCUCUGUUAGAAUUUCGUUAGAUACGUUGAUGUUUUAUUGAUGCGCGUUUGUAUAUAUGCCUUAAGUAUACAGCAGUUGCUCGGCUGUAUGCAAGUUUAAGGCUGUGAUGUCAGAGUUGCUCCCUUUUCUGUAUACAAUGCCUGUUUCUUUACAUCGGGCUGUUUUCUGAUGUAUACAUGAUGGUGUAUUAUGCCUUUUUUCGAAACAAUAAAAACUAACGUUUUAUUCUAUCUGCGUGUGUGUUCCGACGUUGUUCAUGUAUAAAGGCAGUUAUUUUUAUGUAAAAUUGCGAUAUCGCUUUUGUCAGUCGUCAUUUUAUUUCGGAAUUAUCGUUUUUUAUAUUUCGCCAUUCACGUGCAAAUUCUUGUAGAAGGUAAUUUAGUAUAUUAGGUAUUUCCUGGGUUCUCAUUGAUCUUUUUCAACUACAGUAUAGUAUCUAUACUGAACAUUGUGCUAUAUGGGUUUUUCGUUUUUCUGUUCCUUUGAUUCUAAGAACAAUAUGAUGAAUAAGAGAAUGAUGGGCUGAUGAAAA